AGCACCGCUAACCUCCGCUUGUUAUUGUUUUGGGAUGUGAAGUAAUAUCCGCCCGCCAACACCGACGGAGCCUUUUUCGCGGUAAAAUGAAAUGUGCCUCCACCGUUGAUCGGAUUUAUUCGGAGCUCUCGCAUCUCCCACCAAACUAAACGGGGGCCAACGGCCGCCAACGGCCGCGGUUUCGUAUUUAGCAAUCGCGCCGUUGAGAGAGUCGGCUCGUCGGCGUUGUUAUGAGCUGAGCGCAAGGCCGACGUUACGCCGGACCUUAUGACGUCCGAUCUCCUCCAUAGUCGAGACAUAAUCUGGGACAUAUACAGGAUAAAACAAUGGCGCUAGUAAGCGCAGAAAGCCUCAAGUCAGAGCUGGGUACGUUCGACGUACCCUGCCAAGAUGAGUCGGUCCUCGACAAGAUGGUGGAGCAGUGUAUUUGUGCCAGGAUACAGGCCCCCGAGAUGGUGCUGGAGUGGGUGGCCUACAGCACCACAAAAAAUGGCUUAAAACUCACCAUGGAAACCCUGGAGCAAUUUGAACACGAGGUGUUGAGCAAGAGGAAUAAAUCCAAACAAGGCUUCAGAAAGGAAGAAACUCAUAGCAGAACCAGAGACAUCCACUCACUGCAGGAAUUAAUCAAAGCUGAGGAAGAGGAAGACAAUCUACUAGAUUCCUACUCUACUCCUGCGAAGGGUUCUCAGAAGCGAGCACUGACCACUCCUGAACACCCUCAUUCAAAGAGGAGUGCAGCUCUGCUGGCCAGCCCGGGUCUGCUGCUGUCUCCUAGCAGCUUCUCUCCCAGCGCAACUCCCUCACAGAAGUACAGCCAGCGAGGAGGGAAAGGGGAGGUGGUGGUUACAUUUAGGGCUGUGCAGGGCACCCGCUGGGUGGGCAGGAAGGCUCGGGGUGCCGGCGUCCAGCUGGAGCUGCUGGAAGGUCCCGAAGGCUCCCUCCGCUGCAGCUACAAGUACAUGUUCCAGAGGAUGCGAGAUGUUCGAAACGUGUUGUCAGAGAAGAUAGAGGAGCUUGGAGAAGGCCUCAGGUCUCACUUUAGCCUCGAAGAGUUCUCUCCUGUUUCUCUGCCCGCGCAGGACAGCAUAACAGUGUUGGGACAGGUGUGCUGCGACAGUAACGGCAAACUGAACGCACAGUCGGUUCUGUUGGAGGCGGGACCGGAGCAAGGUGGUCAGCAAGUACCUGUUGAUGUGUCAGAGCUCAAACAGUACUCCCUGUUUCCUGGUCAGGUGGUAGUGAUGGAGGGGAUGAACACAACAGGAAGAAAACUGAUGGCUUCCAACCUCUAUGAGGGUGUCCCUCUUCCUUUCUACACUUCUGAGAUGAAAAUGGAGAUGGAUGAAGAGCCGAUGAAUGUACUGGUGGCCUGCGGACCGUACACCACUUCUGAUACCCUGACCUUUGACCCUCUGCUGGACCUAAUCAGUGUCAUUGUCAGGGAUCGUCCUGAUGUCUGCUUGCUGCUGGGCCCGUUUGUGGAUUCCAAACAUGAACAAAUUGAGAAAGCACAGGUGACUGAGACGUUUGAGGCCAUUUUCUCAAGAUGUAUCGAAAGCAUCGUGGAUGGCACCAAAAGUGUUGGCUGUCGCCUGGUGUUUGUGCCCUCCCAGAGAGACGUCCACCACCAUUUCAUCUACCCGCAGCCUCCCUUCACCCUGCCAACCCUCAGCAAGGACCGGGCCCAGUGUGUCACCCUGGCCCCUGACCCCUGCACCCUGCUGAUCGACGGUGUGACCUUCGGCUUGACGUCCACUGACAUCCUGUUCCACAUGAGCGCAGAGGAGAUCAGCUGUGGCACUGGAUCGGACCGAUUUUCACGCAUACUGAAACACAUGCUGACCCAGAGGAGUUACUACCCGCUGUACCCGCCUGUGGAGGAGGUUAACAUGGACUAUGAGAAGUUUCAGAGCUUCGGUCAGAUGCCGCUCACCCCUGACAUUCUCAUCGUCCCCUCUGAGCUGCGCUACUUCGUAAAGGAUGUGGUCGGCUGUGUUUGUGUCAAUCCCGGACGGCUGACCAAAGGCCAGGUGGGUGGGACCUACGGCAGGCUGCUCAUUCAGCGCAGCACUACGUCAGACAACGGGAAGAGAGUGAGCCCCUGUUUGGCUGCUCAGGUGGUGAAAAUUUAACGGGAAGAAAGACUUUUUUUUUAAAUUCUCACUGUCACCUCAAGUGACCAGACUUGGCCAGGACCAGUUUGAUCUGAUGUAAAAUUUGUAAAACAAAGAAACAACUCUUGUACUGUUGAAAUCAUCUCGCCCAUCGGUCUAUUUUUAUAUGACAAACGUGUUGGGGUGUGCUGUACUCUGGGUGGUGGCGUCAGGACUUUGGUGGAAUAGCAGUCGAUCAAGAUGCAGCAGAAAUGAUCUUUUUUUCAAUAAAUUAUUGUCACCCUUUGUACCUUU